CUUUAUACUACGCAUUCCAUCCUACCUUACAACAUCCCACAUCCCAUUCACGGCGCUCUUACUCGCGCAAUCUCUUAAUAUGCGGCGUGCCACUUCUGCAGCCUUCUCAAGGCUGCGCAUCGCAAGCUUCACCUCUCCGGCACACUUCUCUCCGCGGCAAAGAACCGCAACAUGUAUACUUUGCACGCAUAGGAUAUACCCGCAACCGCCACCGCGACGCAAUCAAUCAACCACAACCUCAACCUCGAAGGAAGACACGAAAGCCCCGCCGCAAACUCAUUACGCAUUCUUCCCGCAAUCCAUACCCUCCGGUGCUCCUCCACAAGGCCCCUUCUCCAUCGACCUCGCAGCACUCAAGAAAGAAUUCCUCCAGCUCCAAGCGCGCGCCCACCCCGACAGUCACCCUCCCGAGAACAAGAACCGAGCGCAUGCAAUGUCCGCCCGAAUAAACGAAGCAUAUAAAACCUUGCAAUCACCGCUCCUGCGCGCACAAUACCUGCUCUCCCUACGAGGCAUAGAGGUCGCGCACGAUGAAACUGCCAAGGUGGAGGACCCGGAGCUGCUGAUGGAAGUGCUCGAGACGAGGGAGCGGAUCGAGGAGGCACAGUCGGAGGAGGAUCUAGUGGGGAUGAAGGAGGAGAAUGAGGCGAGGAUAGAGGAGAGCAUAAAGGCACUUGAGGAGGCGUUUGCGAAGGAUAAUCUGGAGAUGGCGAAGGCAGAGGCUGUCAGGCUGAGAUAUUGGAUGAAUAUCAAGGAGAGCUUGCAUGCAUGGGAGAAGGGGAAGCCGGUUGUGCUUGAGCACUAGAGUAAUUUAUACCCCUUCGCGGAUCGGCGUUUUUGGCAUGUUUGGGGAUAGGCUGGGGUAAUGUACCAUGACAGUCAUCUACACUCCCACCGAACCAUUCAAAUAUAGAUAGUACUUGGGCAAUGGCGCCCUCCUGAGCAGUCAUAAAUCAAGGAAGUGCUGAGAUAUUGCCCGGUAGCCGGAUGCCGUGG